AUGGAACAACAAAAUAAUGUUGGAAAGACCUUAGUUACUGCAUUAUAUGCUUUUAAAGCACAAAAUACUGAUGAACUAUCAUUUGCUAAAAAUGACUCUAUUGUAAUAACACAAGCUCCAUCGGACGGUGGCUGGUGGGAAGGAACAUUAGAUGGUAAAACUGGAUGGUUUCCAUCAAAUUAUGUUGAACAAAUUAUACACAAGACAGAUUCAACACCAUCAACACAAAGUGCAUCAUCGCAACAAUGCGCAGAAAUGCGUACACAUCGAGAUACAAUUCUCGAAUCAUUACUCGAAGGUGAACAACGUUAUGUAACAGAUUUAGAAGACUUCUAUGUAAAAAUAAUUCAACCAUUGGCUCAUACACUUUCAACAUCGGGUCAGCCACAUCUCUAUUUGGAUGUACAUUAUAUUGAUGAAUUAAUUAAAUUUCACCGACAUUUGGCACAUGUUUUACGUGAUACAAUGAAAACUCAACAUCGUAUUGGUGGAAUCUUUCUUCAAUUAGCUCCAAGUCUAAAGCCAAUCUUAGAAGCAUAUUGUUAUCAACAUGCGAAGGCACUGUUUUUACUUAGUCAUAAUAAAGAUCGAAUAUUAACAGCAUUAGCAAAAGUUGAUUCAUCCACUGAUCCAAAUCAUGCCUACAUACAAUUAAUUAAAAAUCUAUCGCUACCUUUAAAUCGUUUAGAAAAAUAUGCAAAUCUACUUAAAGAAUAUUUACACAAUCUUGAAGAAUUUCAUAUCGAUCGUGGUGAUGCACAACGAGCAGCAGAAUAUUAUGCUGAAUUAGCUUGUUCUGGUGCAGAAUGGCGUAAACGUAAAGAAUGGGAACUUGAUAUAGUUCAUAGUACUAUACAUGGACUUAGUUCUGAAUCAUUGAUUUCAUUUGGUGAUGCCAUUUGUCUGAGCCCUGUUAAUAUUCUUUCUGAAACUCUUGGGCAAAUUGCACUUGAACGUAUUGCAAUACUUUAUCAAUCGACACUUUUUCUUCUUUCAUCAAUAAAAUCUUCGAAUGCUCAACAAGAAUAUCAAGUUGAGAAUCGUUUUCCAAUACAUCAAAUAACUGUUAGUAAAAUUCUUGAUGAUAAUGUGUUAGGGAAACGUGCUUUAAAAAUUAAUGUUUUAGCACCAGCAAAUCAAUCAAUGAUCAUAUCAUUUCCUAGUCAAGUUGAAUAUCAUGAAUGGUGUGAAAAAUUUUGUUCCUUAAUAACACCAAAAUCACCUCAAUCUUAUCAUCAACAUAAUCUUAAUUCGCCUUAUACACCUCAACAAGUUUCAAAAUCCUCGUCAUCAUUAACUGGCCAAACAACAAAAUCAUCUCCAUACAGUGCUGUCAAUACUUCAAUAAAGAAUCCAUUUCUUUCACCUGCACCAAAAACUAAUUUAACACCUACAGCAUGGUCUAAAGGUUGUCUUCGGCCACAUUCUCCAUUACGACCUCGACAACAAGGUUCUAUGGGUAGUCACUCGUCAACGACGACAACGGGCACAAACUCAAUAGGUUCACCAAUACCAUCAUCGGGAACUGGUAUGAAUAUGAAUGAUUCAUCAAAUACUCCAAAUGAAAGUGGAUCUAAUCGAACACUAAAACGAUUUAUGACAAUGAAAAAAUCGAAAGCAAAUGAAUUUCUUAAAAGAGUUGAAACAAGUGAAGGUGAUGCACUUUUACUUUCUGUUAUUGAAGCAUAUUGCGUAACAAAUACGAAUAGUGGCACUGCUAUUGCUGGCCUAAAUUCUCUUGUGUCUAAAACACGCUAUUCAAUAUCAGCAACUGGAACUACUAAUAAUGGUAAUCUCGAACAUCCAUCAACAUCGGUUGGUGGACAACAAAAUGUUUUGUCUGAUCAUUCAAGCAUUCCACUAUCAUAUGGUCAGUUAACGAAUACGACAAAUACUGAUGUCGAUCGUCGUGCAAUGUUUGAUAUGAUGAAUGAAUUUCGUUUAGGAUUUCGAGCACUUCAACAAGAACUUGAAGAAGAACGUCGUGCACGCCGCAGUUUAGAAAGUCAGAUACAACGAUUACUUGUUGUUCCAAGUGGAAAAUAA